AAUGACUCGCGCACACACGUACCAAAAGACACCGCGCGAGCUUGGCUGCAGUGAAGACCUCGUGUGUCGCAGAGAAGAGAAAACCAAACUGUUUUCUGGAGGUCUGAGUCGUUGCAGAGAUGAGCAGUAACGAGUGUUAUAGUUGCCACGGCACUGGUCAUUUUGCCAGGAACUGUCCCAACGGAGGACAGGGACAAGGCAGAGAUCACAAAGCCUGUUACAACUGUAACAACACUGGACACAUGGCCAGAGACUGCCCCAACGCCCCCGAGCAGACGUGCUACAACUGCAACAACCCUGGACACAUCUCCAGGGACUGCUCCGAGCCCAAGAAGGUGCGAGAGAUGAUCUGCCACAACUGUGAGAACGCCGGACACAUCUCCAGAGACUGCAAGGAGCCCAAGAAGAACGACCGCGAGCAGCUGUGCUACAACUGCAACAGCGCGGGUCACAUGGCCAGAGACUGCUCCUCCGCCAACAAGCAGAAGUGCCACUCCUGCGGAGGCUUCGGACACCUGCAGAAGUCCUGCGACAAGGUCAAAUGCAACAGGUGUGGGGAGACCGGCCAUAUUGCGGUUCACUGCAGCCAGAUGUCGGAGUAGAGCUGCUCCACCUGUGGGAAGCCGGGUCACCUGGCCAAGGAGUGCACCGCCGAGGAUACCACCUAGCCACCUCAUUUCUUCCCUCCUCUAUUUGUUUCCUGUGAUCCUCCUCUUCUCGUUGGCCCAGAGGCAUGUCAGUCAGCCUCACGGCAGCCAAUCAGAGCAGGCGUAGGAAGGAGAAGGGACGAUUAAAAAAAAAAAAAAACUUCCCUCUGCAUGACAAAACUGAAUUUGGGUUUUUUGUUUGGUAGCCGUGUCAUGAUGUGCAAAUCUUUGUUGAAUCCUUUCUGCCUGAUUUAUUGCCUGAGUGAAAAGUUCAGCUCCUCCCCUCUGUUAACCAAUGUUAUUUUUGUAUAUCACUCAAAGCUACUGUAAAAAUGUAAUUUGGUUGUUCUGCAGACUUUAAGUUUAACCUGACAAUAAUAAAAAAACAUUGAGGAGAACAA